UGCUAAUAAAAAUGAAAUAUUUUUCAACACUAGUUUUGAUUGUUAUUGUAGCUGCCGGAUAUGUAGAAGCACAGACAUGUGCUGGACGUCCAAAUCGCUUUGGUUGUGGUGGUGGUAGAGACGAGGGUUUUAGUGGAUUAAGCUGUUGGCUUACAGGAUCAGGUGAUAGAUUUUACUACGAUCAAAACACCAAUCGCUGUCGUGGUUUUUGGUACAAAGGAUGUGGAGGAAAUAACAACCGUCACUGUACAAUGGCACAAUGUCACAGAAAUUGUGUGCGAUAAAUAUCAACAAUUUUAACAGAAUAAAACUCACAGUAAUUCACCAUUAAAAAUGUUGAAAUGAAUUAAAUUAAAAAAUAAAA